AUGGAGACAAAAACGGCCACCCCCGAGGCGCAGUUAGAGAUGACCCAGGACCACCGCCUCAAAGAGCUCGACAUUGACAGCGAUGAGAGGGACAGGGAGGCUGCGAAGAUGAUCUCGAAUAUCGAGAAGAUCGAGACCCACAUCCCCAACUCCAAUGGCACGCAGCAUGCCGAGAAUGAAACGCACGCGUCCCCCGAGGGCUCCGUGCACGACAAUGGCGCCUACUUCAAGACCCUGCUAUCGGGACUCAAGUCCGAGAAGUGCUUCCGCAGUUUGCCACCGUCCUGUACGGCCAGCGUUUCGACAUUGCGCCGGUCACAUUGCGUUUUGCUCCUGCCUCGCGGCCGAUAG